AGGGCUCAGACGAUCGGAGACGGUGGAUCAACGCUGGGGAGAGUGAUGGAAGAGCUUCCGAGCUUUACCGUGAGUCAGCGCGAGCAAUUUCUGGUGGAGAACGAUGUGUUCGGGAUCUAUAACUACUUCGACGCCAGCGACAUUUUUACUCAGAAAUACCUUUGCGUUGUGAAAGAAUUUCGUCGAGAGAUGAAUCUUAUUGAUAUGGAUGUUGUUGUUCCUAGGAUUGAGAUACAGCGAGAUAAGCAAUUGGAUUAUCUGAUGAAAGGCUUAAGGCAGCUAGGUCCGCAGUUUUCGUCCUUAGAUGCUAAUCGACCUUGGCUUUGUUACUGGAUUCUUCAUUCAAUUGCUUUGCUUGGGGAGUCUGUGGAUGAUGAAUUAGAAAACAAUGCCAUCGACUUCCUUGGACGCUGCCAGGGCUCUGAUGGUGGAUACGGUGGUGGUCCUGGCCAACUUCCACAUCUUGCAACAACUUAUGCUGCAGUGAAUGCACUUGUUACUUUAGGCGGUCACAAAGCCCUUUCUUCAAUUAAUAGAGAAAAAAUGUCUUGUUUUUUAAGAGGGAUGAAGGAUGCAAGUGGAGGUUUCAGGAUGCAUGAUAUGGGAGAAAUGGAUGUUCGUGCGUGCUACACAGCAAUUUCGAUUGCAAGCAUCCUAAACAUUUUGGAUGAUGAACUCACCCAGGGCCUAGGAGAUUACAUCCUGAGUUGCCAAACUUAUGAAGGUGGCAUUGGAGGGGAACCUGGCUCCGAAGCUCAUGGUGGGUACACCUACUGUGGGUUGGCUGCUAUGAUUUUAAUCAACGAGGUCAACCGUUUGAAUUUGGAUUCACUAAUGAAUUGGGCUGUACAUCGACAAGGAGUAGAAAUGGGAUUUCAAGGUAGGACUAACAAAUUAGUCGAUGGUUGCUACACAUUUUGGCAGGCAGCUCCUUGUGUUCUACUACAAAGGUUAUAUUCAACCAAUGAUCAUGAAGUCCAUGGAUCAUCACAUAUAUCACAAGGGACAGAUGAAGAUCAUGAAGAACAUCAUGCUCAUGAUGAAGAUGACCUUGAAGACAAUGAUGAUGAUGAUUCUGAUGAGGGCAAUGAUGAAGAUUCAGCGAAUGGUGACGGAAUCCAUCAUACAUCCAAUUACAUUAACAGGAGAGUGCAACCGAUUUUUGAUAGCCUCGGCUUGCAGAGAUAUGUACUCUUGUGCUCUAAGAUCCCUGACGGUGGAUUCAGAGACAAGCCGAGGAAACCCCGUGACUUCUACCACACAUGUUACUGCCUAAGCGGUUUGUCUGUGGCUCAGCAUGCUUGGUUAAAAGACGAGGACACUCCUCCUUUGACUCGCGACAUUUUGGGUAGCUACUCGAAUCUCCUUGAACCUGUUCACCUCCUCCACAACAUUGUCAUGGAUCAGUACAAUGAAGCUAUCGAGUUCUUCUUUAGAGCAGCAUGACCCGUUCUUGCUAAUGUAUGGGAAACUCCUAACAUAAGAGUUUUCGUAGUGUUGUAACUUGUAAGAUUUCGACAGAAGCUUCACUAAUUUAACCUUUAAACAAAACCUAUUGUUUUUU